UCCCUUCCCGAAAGGGGCGGGGCUUACUGGCAGAUGGAGAGUUAGCCUCAAAAUGGCGGCUGCGACCCGCGCGCCGACUAACCCGCGUCCUCCUCCAAAGAGCUAGAGGUGCUCCUCGGACGUUGUUCAGAAAUGAUUUCAGCUGUUCCUUAUUUUAUCUGCCGUUACUGCCAGCAAUGUCAGAGCACCAAACACAGGCACCGGGCAUUUUCGACCACGCUCUGCAAUUGGUUGCCAGCCAAAACCAGCAGCUAUUAUGACUUGUUGGGGAUCAAGCCAGAGGCUUCCUUGGAGGAGAUCAAGCAAGCCUUCUUCAGCAAGUCAAAAAAGCUCCACCCUGACAGCGACCCAGGCAACCCUGACCUGCACAGCCAGUUUGUGAAGCUGAAUGAGGCCUACCGGGUGCUGAGUAAGGAGAGCAGUCGGAGGCGAUAUGACAACAUGCGAGGUGCACAGAUGGCCUGGACUCCCCCGGGCAGCCACAGCUCCAAGGGCAGCCCGUUUGAUUUUGCAGACUUUCGAACCAGGAGCCGGCCAGAGCCCAACGAGAACGUGAGGUAUUGGCAGCAGUUCCAUCAGCCUCCUGUGGAGCCCAUCUCGAGGCCCGAGGCCAAGAAGAGGUUCCGCCGAAACCAGCGGCUCUUUGGCUACUGCCUGCUCAUCAUGCUGGGCAGCCUGACCGUUCAUUAUGUAGGAUUCAGGAAGCUGGAGGAAGUACACAACAGCUUCAUGGACGAAAAGGAUAGAGCCAUUACCCAGAUCUACAAUGAGAACAAAGAGCGAGCCAAGUCCAUGGGCCUUCAGAAGCAGCAGGAACUCUUGCGCCAGAAGCAUGCUGAAUUCUCCCAGCGGUACCGCACCGGCCCUGAACAGCUGCAUGAAGAACCUGGAGCUUUGGACUCGGUGCAGGUCCCACCUCCUCCAAACCCUACGGCUCAAAAGGGCUGAGAUACUGUCUCCACUUCUCUUUUGUGCAAAUAGAACCGUCUUCGCACAGUGA